GUCAUGUGAUAACGGUUUUCGCCCCUGUAUCUGGGAACGUCGUUCUGAAACGUUAACCGUGCUGCUAAAGGAUUUGUCCGCUGUCCGAGUAGACAGCGGUUUAUUACGGCUGUCCCGUGUGAGCCGAUAGUAGAGGCACCGUUGGGUCUGGGGUACAUCGAAACGCCGAACGUUACACUGAAGAGUUUAUCUGUACAUAGCGUGAAACAUGAACAUGUCUAUGCAUUUUGUGGACUCAAGUAGCGUCACACUGCUUUUCAAGUUCUGGGACGUGCGUGGACCUGCUGGCAUGGUCCUGUCCGUCUUCGUGGUGCUCCUGCUGACCGUGUUCUACGAGCUGCUCAAAGUGCUGAAGGUCUGGCUGGGGGAGCAGGCAGCUCCCACUCCAUCACUGCGGCACCCCCCGGAGGCCCUGGGCAGCAGCGAUGCCCUGGCAAGCAGCCCGUCUGAAUCCUCUCUGGGCAGCACAGUGCAGGAGAAACCUGCCAAAAAAAAGUGGCUACAGCACAGCCUGCAGACUGCCAUCCAUGUUAUCCACGUCACUCUGGGCUACAUGCUGAUGCUGUGCGUCAUGUCCUACAACGUGUGGAUCUUCUUGGGAGUCAUCGCCGGCUCUAUUAUUGGCUACUUCGUGGCGUUCCCUCUGUUUUCCCGAUGUUCAUAAAGGAGUAGGAUACUGCAGGGAUUUUUCGCACUAAACGUUUCGAGAGGCCGGAGAAGGUGGUGUUUUCAUUCUGGUCACCAGAGCAGCUGCCUGCUGGCGAUCAACUGACCUGCACUUUUAACAGAAGCCGAUUCAUGUGUGGCGAAAUAACCCUCCAACUUCCUGUGGCCAGUUUUCUGCGUGUGCGGUCUCCUGUCUGACAUUACAGUGAUGGGCAAAUGGUGGUUUUGAGUGAAGCUUUCUUUCCUUAUUCUGUAAUGUCGGGUUUACAUUCAAAUGGCGAUAUUCAAAAGAUCAAACCAGGUCAGAAACCAACAACGGCAGGCGAUUGGUCAGCCACGGCAUAUCUUUUUACAGUGAAAGUUUGUGAUUGGUGGGGACGUCUGUAGGCGUUCGUCACGUUACGUGUCAGGUCUUUGGCUGUAGCUCAGAAGCGUAAUAUAGCCAAGGUCAGAGGGUGCAACACGGACGUAGUGUGUGUGCAUGAGAGACAACUUCAAUUAGCAGUCUCCACUUCUGUGCCUUGCUAGCUAGAAUGCUAACUCCUCCCACUGCUUACAAUCAUUUCAGGAAAACACAGACUGUUAACCAUACUGUGCAGAAGAACGGAUUGCAAGUUGGUGUGAAACUCAGAUACGUGGACAGCCUUGACAGGAACCUCCCUCAAUGGCUCCUUCACCCCUAAAUGUUGAAAAUUCAGUGUCUGCUGCUAGUUAUCAGGUGGUUGUUUAAUCAAUUUAUGCCAAUUAGUUUUUAAUAAUUGGACCAGGGGGGUGUUUUAUGUGAACUAAUUAUAACAUUUUAAUAUCAAUCUCUAAAAAUGGGUUUGGAAGUGAUUUUAUUAGACUUUAAAGAUCUUGCACCAGCCUACAAAGUGUGUGUGUGUGUGUGUGUGUGUGUGGGGGGGGCUGCUUCUGCCCCAAUGACCAAUAUGGUUCUGCUAGUCACUUUUGUAAAUGUGGUUCUGUUGCUGCUCAGCUGACUGAGGAGUUCUCUGCCUGCUGUCCUUCCAACAAAGGAUGUCGCAGGCGUCCUGCUCUCUGCAGACCUUCCAUUGUUAGAAACUUUUCAACAUUGUUACCCGUCCAGCAAAGCAUAUUACAAAACUGCUAAAGAUGACACCCUGCAGAUUGUGUGGUUAUAUUUGACAUCCAAUAAACUAAAAAGAUCUAAUUUUUGGGGUUUAUACAAACAUAGAAA